AAGGCUGAGACAGCAGCGGGGCCAAGAUGGCGGCGCAGCGCGAGGCGGGGGCGGGGGGCGGCGGGUGCCUGGGGGCGGUGGGACGCUGACCCCGCCCCCUGCUGCUGCCAGUCUGCGCCGAGCGGCUGUGGCGGCGGAGCCCCGAACAUGGCGGCUUCGGCGGGCGGCUUCGGGCCCGAGCGGGAGGCCGAGCCGGCCAAGGAAGCGCGCGUCGUGGGCUCCGAGCUCGUGGACACGUAUACGGUUUACAUCAUCCGGGUCACUGAUGGCGGCCACGAGUGGACGGUCAAGCACCGCUACAGCGACUUCCAUGAUCUACAUGAAAAGCUUGUCACGGAGAGGAAGAUUGAUAAGAAUCUGCUUCCGCCCAAGAAGAUAAUAGGGAAGAACUCGCGGAGCUUGGUGGAGAAGCGGGAGAAGGAUCUGGAGGUGUACCUGCAGACGCUCCUGGCCGCCUUCCCUGCCGUGGCCCCCAGGGUGCUGGCCCACUUCCUGCAUUUUCAGUUCUACGAGAUAAACGGCAUCACUGCGGCACUGGCUGAAGAGCUCUUCGAGAAAGGAGAACAGCUCCUGGGGGCCGGUGAGGUCUUUGCCAUCAGGCCCCUGCAGCUCUACGCGGUUACACAGCAGCUACAGCAGGGAAAGCCCACGUGCGCCAGUGGGGAUGCCAAGACCGACCUUGGGCACAUCCUGGACUUCACCUGUCGCCUUAAGUACCUUAAGGUUUCUGGCACAGAAGGACCUUUUGGGACCAGCAACAUUCGGGAGCAGCUCCUGCCGUUUGAUUUAUCAAUCUUCAAGUCUCUGCAUCAGGUGGAGAUCAGCCACUGUGACGCUAAGCACAUCCGAGGGCUGGUCGCCUCGAAGCGCAGCCUGGCUACGAUGAGCGUCCGCUUCUCAGCGACCUCCAUGAAGGAAGUCCUUGUUCCUGAAGCCUCCGAGUUUGAGGAGUGGGAACCAGAGGGCGCAGACCUGGAAGGCCCCGUGACUGCCAUCAUCCCCACCUGGCAAGCUUUGACCACCCUCGACCUGAGCCACAACAGCAUCUCCGAGAUCGACGAGUCUGUGAAACUGAUCCCAAAGAUAGAGUUUCUGGACUUGAGUCACAAUGGAGUACUGGUCUUGGACAACCUGCAGCACCUGUACAACCUUGUGCACCUGGACCUGUCCUACAACAAGCUGUCCUCCUUGGAAGGGGUUCACACCAAAUUGGGGAACAUCAAGACUCUGAACUUGGCAGGCAACCUCCUGGAGAGACUGAGUGGCCUGCACAAGCUGUACUCGCUGGUCAACCUGGACCUCAGCGACAACCGAAUCGAGCAGAUGGAGGAGGUCAAGAGCAUAGGCAGCCUCCCGUGCCUGGAGCGCGUGGCUCUGCGGAACAACCCCCUGAGCAUCAUCCCCGACUACCGGACCAAGGUGCUCGCUCAGUUCGGAGACAGGGCCUCCGAGGUCUGUCUGGAUGACACAGCGACCACGGAGAAGGAGCUGGACACGGUGGAAGUGCUGAAAGCGAUUCAGAAGGCCAAGGAGGUCAAGUCCAAACUGAGCAAUGUGGAGAAGAAGGCAUCCCUGCAGGUGGGUGAGGAUCCCCGGCUCAGACCCAGCAGCUCGCCCCCCACCAUGGCUCCUGCCUCCGCCUCCCUGCCCCAGCCCAUCGUCUCCAGCCAAGGAAUCAUGUUCGUGCAGGAGGAAGCCCUGGCCAGCAGCCUCUCGUCCACCGACAGCCUGACUGCUGAGGACCGGCCCGUUGCCCGGGAGUGCUCUGAGUCCUUGGAGUCCCUCCCUGCAGGACAGGCAGCUUGUGACGAGCUCAGGGACGUGCCAGGAGCCGUUGGCAGUGCAAGCCCAAACAGCCCCGAGCACGCGGAGCCGGAGGUGCAGGUGGUGCCCGGGUCCGGCCAGAUCAUCUUCCUGCCCUUCACCUGCAUCGGCUACACGGCCACCAACCAGGACUUCAUCCAGCGCCUGAGCGCGCUGAUCCGGCAGGCCAUCGAGCGGCAGCUGCCCGCCUGGAUCGAGGCUGCCAACCGGCGCGAGGAAGGCCAGGGCGAGGAGGAAGACGACGGCGAGGGCGUUGCUGAGAACCGCUACUUUGAGAUGGGGCCCCCUGACGCUGAGGAGGAGGAGGAGGAGGAGGAGGAGGAGGAGGAAGAGGGUGGCCAGGGCGAGGAGGAGGCGGCGGCGGCGGCCGAGGAGGCGCGCCUGGCUCUGGAGUGGGCGCUGGGCGCAGAUGAAGACUUCCUGUUGGAGCACAUCCGGGUCCUCAAGGUGCUGUGGUGCUUCCUGAUCCACGUGCAGGGCAGCAUCCGCCAGUUCGCCGCCUGCCUGGUGCUCACGGACUUCGGCGUGGCCGUCUUCGAGAUCCCGCACCAGGAGUCCCGAGGCAGCAGCCAGCACAUCCUCUCGUCCCUGCGCUUCGUCUUCUGCUUCCCGCACGGCGACCUCACCGAGUUCGGCUUCCUCAUGCCGGAGCUGUGCCUGGUGCUGAAGGUGCGGCACAGCGAGAACGCGCUCUUCAUCAUCUCGGACGCCGCCAGCCUGCACGACUUCCACACCGACCUGCGCGCCUGCUUCGCCCCGCAGCACAUGGCCAUGCUCUGCAGCCCCGUCCUCUACGGCAGCCACACCAGCCUGCAGGAGUUCCUGCGCCAGCUGCUCACCUUCUACAAGGUGGCCGGAGGCUGCCAGGAGCGCAGCCAGGGCUGCUUCCCCGUCUACCUGGUCUACAGCGACAAGCGCAUGGUGCAGACGGCCGCCGGGGACUACUCGGGCAACAUCGAGUGGGCCAGCUGCACGCUCUGCUCGGCCGUGCGCCGCUCCUGCUGCGCGCCCUCCGAGGCCGUCAAGUCCGCCGCCAUCCCCUACUGGCUGCUGCUCACGCCCCAGCAUCUCAACGUCAUCAAGGCCGACUUCAAUCCCAUGCCCAACCGCGGCACCCACAACUGUCGCAACCGCAACAGCUUCAAGCUUAGCCGCGUGCCUCUGUCCACAGUGCUGCUGGACCCCACGCGCAGCUGCACCCAGCCGCGCGGGGCCUUCGCCGACGGCCACGUCCUCGAGCUGCUCGUGGGCUACCGCUUCGUCACCGCCAUUUUUGUGCUGCCCCACGAGAAGUUCCACUUCCUGCGCGUCUACAAUCAGCUGCGGGCCUCGCUGCAGGACCUGAAGACCGUGGUCAUCGCCAAGAGCCCCGCCACCAGGGCCAGGUCCCAGAGCCCCCGGGGAGACAGCCAGCCUGCUGAGGGCAGGGCCAGCAAUGACCAGGAGGCUCCAGCUGCAGCCCCAGCGCCUGCAGGGGCCUCAGCCCCAGACCCGGCAGAGGCCCCGGCUCCGGCGUCGGUUCCGGAGGAGACCCCAGCUUCUUCUCCAGCCCCCGUGGGGGGUCUGGCACACGCCGAGAGCCCCACCCAGUACCCGAGUGAGCACCUGCUGCAGGCCACCUCGGAAGAGAACCGGGUCCCCUCGCACCUGCCCGUGUGCCCGGCGCUCCAGCACAUCGCCAGCCUGCGGGGGCGCGCCGUCCUCGAGCUCUUCCACAGCAGCAUCGCCGAGGUGGAGAACGAGGAGCUGCGGCACCUGCUGUGGUCGUCCGUGGUGUUCUACCAGACCCCGGGGCUCGAGGUGACCGCCUGCGUGCUGCUCUCCACCAAGGCCGUGUACUUCGUGCUGCACGACGGCCUCCGCCGCUACUUCUCAGAGCCGCUGCAGGAUUUCUGGCAUCAGAAAAACACCGACUACAACAACAGCCCCUUCCACAUUUCCCAGUGCUCUGUGCUGCGGCUCUGCGACCUGCAGUCGGUCAACGUGGGGCUCUUUGACCAGCACUUCCGGCUGACGGGCUCCUCCCCGAUGCAGGUGGUCACGUGCUUGACCAGGGACAGCUACCUGACACACUGCUUCCUGCAGCACCUUAUGGCUGCGCUCUCCUCGCUGGAGCGCACGCCUUCGCCGGAGCCCGUGGACAAGGACUUCUACUCGGAGUUCGGGAACAAGGCCACAGGGAAGAUGGAGAACUAUGAGCUGAUCCACCCGAGCCGUGUGAAGUUCACUUACCCCAGCGAGGAGGAGAUUGGGGACCUGAUGUUCAUCGUGGCCCAGAAGACGGCCGAGCCGGAGAAGGCUCAGGGCCUCAGCAUCCUGCUCUACGUGCAGGCCUUCCAGGUGGGGCCACCGGCCCCUGGGCACUGCAGGGGCCCCCUGCGCCCCAAGACCCUGCUGCUGACCAGUGCCGAGAUCUUCCUCCUGGACGAGGACUGUGUCCACUACCCGCUGCCUGAGUUUGCCAAAGAGCCGCCGCACAGGGACCGGUACCGGCUGGACGACGGCCGCCGCAUCCGGGACCUGGACCGCGUGCUCAUGGGCUACCAGACCUACCCGCAGGCCCUCACCCUGGUCUUUGACGAUGUGCAGGGCCACGACCUCAUGGGCAGCGUCACCCUAGACCACUUUGGGGAGGAGCCGGGGAGCCAGGCCGGGGCUGGCCAGGGCCGUGAGGUCCAGUGGCAGGUGUUUGUCCCCAGUGCUGAGAGCCGAGAGAAGCUCAUCUCGCUGCUGGCCCGUCAGUGGGAGGCCCUGUGUGGCCGAGAGCUGCCCGUGGAGCUCACCGGCUAGCCCUGCGUUCCUCAUGGCUCUGAGUCUUGUCGCCUCCCGUGUGGUACCUUAAGUUGGCUGUCCCCGCCCAGAACGUGAACGUCGUCAGUUUGUUGUCUGUAAGGCUGGGGGGAGCCUGCAGGGCUGUCCGGCAGCCCCUGUGGCCGUGUCGUCUGUCCCCGGCCGGCGGCACGUGCACCGCAGCUGUGCGUGACUCUCACGUCUUUCCCAAAGCGUCCCGCCCAGGCCUGCCCAGUCCUUUGUCACGGUCACUGUCAUUGUGGACGAUUGCUGCUCACAACGCUGGCGGUGGGGUGCGCAUGAGCGCUGCCGCCCACGCGCACUCUCCCCAGGUGCAGACUCGGGGAAGAGCCCUGGGGCAGGAGUGCCCCGGCCUUGGGGCUGAGAGGGGUGGGGCAGCACCAAGCGUGAUCCCCGUUGCCUAUUUUCUCUAUUCCAAUAAAGCAGAGUUUGACACAG